AUGCCUGAUUACGAUGACAAUAAGGCUCUCGUAUACGUUAAAGAGUAUGAAAAACGCGAAUGGUUGAUAGAUAUACUCGAUAAUGACGACUUGACCAUUGAGACCCUGGAUGCUAUUUAUGAAGAUAUAGAUUCUUUGAAUAAUUUAGAUGUUACUAAUGUUAUGCGAAUAUUAUGUCUGUUGAGUAAUAGUAAUAGUAGUAGCAGUAGCGGUGGCGGUGUCGGUGGCGGUGGUAGUGGUGGUGAUGGCGGUGGUGGCGGUGGUGGUGGCGGCGGUGGUAGUGAUGGCGGUGGCGGUGGUGGCGGUGGUGGUGGCGGUGACGGUAGUGGUGGCGGCGGUGAUGGCAAUGGUGGCGAUGGUGAUGGUGGUAGUAGUAGUAGUGGUGGUAGUGGUGGUGGUGGUGGUGGUGGGAAAGGAGCCAUCGUAAUCAGGCAUUUCACUAGUGGUAUCAUCCCGUCUUCCCAUUGCAAUCCAUAG